AUGAAUAGGAAGAAAGGAGACAAAGGAUUUGAGAGCCCAAGACCAUAUAAAUUAACUCACCAGGUAGUAUGUAUCAACAACAUAAAUUUUCAGAGAAAGUCUGUUGUAGGUUAUGUGGAACUGACAAUAUUUCCCACAGUUGCAAACCUGAAUAGAAUCAAACUGAACAGUAAACAGUGCCGGAUUUACAGAGUAAGAGUCAACGAUUUAGAAGCAGCUUUCAUCUAUAAUGAUCCAACGCUGGAGGUUUGUCACCAUGAGUCAAAGCAGAGGAAUCUCAACUAUUUUUCCAAUGCCUACGCUGCCGCAGUCAGUGCUGUGGACCCAGAUGCUGGAAAUGGAGAACUCUGCAUUAAGGUUCCCUCGGAGUUGUGGAAACACGUUGACGAGUUAAAGGUCCUGAAGGUGCAUAUAAACUUUUCUCUGGACCAACCAAAAGGAGGCCUUCAUUUUGUGGUACCCAACAUGGAGGGCAGCAUGGCAGAAAGAGGGGCUCAUGUCUUUUCAUGUGGUUAUCAAAAUUCUACAAGAUUUUGGUUUCCUUGUGUUGAUUCAUAUUCUGAGUUGUGUACCUGGAAACUUGAGUAUACUGUGGAUGCUGCAAUGGUGGCUGUUUCAAACGGUGAUUUGGUGGAAACUGUAUAUACCCACGAUAUGAGGAAGAAGACUUUUCAUUACAUGCUGACUAUUCCAACUGCAGCUUCUAACAUCUCCUUGGCGAUAGGACCUUUUGAAAUCCUUGUUGAUCCAUACAUGCAUGAGGUGACUCACUUUUGCUUACCACAACUUCUCCCAUUGCUCAAACAUACCACAUCAUACCUUCAUGAGGUGUUUGAAUUUUAUGAGGAAAUUCUUACCUGCCGCUAUCCAUACUCCUGUUUCAAGACUGUGUUUAUAGAUGAAGCUUAUGUUGAAGUAGCUGCUUACGCAUCCAUGAGUAUUUUCAGCACAAAUCUCUUACACAGCGCAAUGAUUAUAGAUGAAACUCCACUGACAAGGAGGUGCUUAGCACAGGCCCUGGCCCAGCAGUUCUUCGGAUGUUUUAUAUCCAGGAUGUCCUGGUCAGAUGAAUGGGUGCUAAAGGGAAUCUCUGGUUAUAUUUAUGGCCUUUGGAUGAAAAAAACCUUUGGUGUUAAUGAGUAUCGCCACUGGAUUAAACAGGAGUUAGAUCAAAUAGUGGCAUAUGAACUGAAGACUGGUGGAGUUUUACUGCAUCCAAUAUUCGGAGGAGGAAAAGAGAAAGACAACCCUGCAUCACAUUUACAUUUUUCUAUCAAACACCCUCAUACACUGUCCUGGGAAUAUUAUACUAUGUUCCAGUGUAAAGCACAUCUUGUUAUGAGACUGAUUGAGAACAGGAUUAGCAUGGAGUUCAUGUUACAGGUUUUCAACAAAUUGUUGAGUCUGGCCAGCACUGCUUCAUCUCAGAAGUUCCAGUCACACAUGUGGAGUCAGAUGUUGGUUUCCACAUCUGGGUUUUUGAAAUCUAUCUCAAAUGUCUCUGGCAAAGACAUCCAACCUUUAAUAAAGCAGUGGGUAGAUCAGAGUGGAGUGGUAAAAUUUUAUGGCAGCUUUGCAUUUAAUAGAAAACGGAAUGUAUUGGAAUUGGAAAUAAAACAAGACUACACAUCUCCUGGUACUCAGAAAUAUGUGGGUCCUCUUAAAGUGACAGUGCAAGAACUUGAUGGAUCAUUCAACCAUACAUUGCAGAUUGAAGAAAACAGUCUUAAACAUGAUAUACCCUGCCAUUCUAAAAGCAGAAGAAAUAAGAAGAAAAAGAUUCCACUGAUGAAUGGAGAAGAGGUGGACAUGGACCUUUCUGCUAUGGAUGCUGAUUCCCCUUUGCUCUGGAUAAGAAUAGACCCUGAUAUGUCAGUACUGAGGAAGGUAGAAUUUGAACAAUCUGAUUUCAUGUGGCAGUAUCAGCUUCGAUAUGAGAGGGAUGUGGUUGCACAAGAAGAAGCCAUUCUGGCGUUGGAAAAGUUCCCUACUCCAGCAUCACGGCUUGCACUGACUGAUAUACUAGAACAGGAACAAUGUUUCUACCGAGUGAGAAUGCUGGCCUGCUUCUGCCUUGCAAAGAUUGCAAAUUCCAUGGUAAGCACGUGGACAGGACCACCAGCCAUGAAGUCACUCUUCACCCGAAUGUUUUGUUGUAAGACUUGUCCAAACAUUGUGAAGACCAACAACUUCAUGAACUUUCAAAGCUACUUUCUGCAAAAGACUAUGCCUGUUGCCAUGGCCCUUCUGAGAGAUGUUCACAACCUCUGUCCGAAGGAGGUUUUAAUGUUUAUUUUGGAUUUGAUCAAGUAUAAUGAUAACAGGAAGAAUAAGUUUUCAGACAACUACUAUCGUGCUGAGCUGAUUGAUGCCCUUGCCAACUCUGUAACUCCUGCAGUCAGUGUGAACAAUGAAGUUCGAACAUUGGAUAACUUAAAUCCUGAUGUUCGACUUAUUCUUGAGGAAAUUACCCGUUUCCUAAAUAUGGAGAAGCUUCUUCCCAGUUACAGGCAUACCAUUACAGUCAGCUGUUUAAAAGCCAUUCGAGUGCUUCAGAAGAAUGGUCACGUCCCAAGUGAUCCUGCUCUCUUCAAGUCGUAUGCAGAAUAUGGGCACUUUGUAGAUGUCCGAAUAGCAGCAUUGGAGGCUGUUGUUGAUUACACAAAAGUGGAUAGAAGCUAUGAAGAACUACAGUGGCUACUUACUAUGGUUCAGAAUGAUCCUGUACCCUACAUAAGGCAUAAGAUUCUGGAUAUGCUGACUAAGAAUCCACCUUUUACCAAGAACAUGGAGUCCCCUUUAUGUAACGAAGCUUUGGUGGAUCAGCUUUGGAAACUGAUGAAUUCAGGAACUUCACAUGACUGGAGAUUACGAUGUGGUGCUGUGGACCUUUAUUUCACACUUUUUGGCCUCAGCAGACCUUCUUGUUUACCGUUACCAGAACUUGGACUUGUUCUUAAUCUAAAAGAAAAGAAGGCUGUACUUAAUCCAACGAUUAUCCCUGAAUCAGUUGCAAAUAAUCAGGAACCUGUGAAUAGUACUAACAAUCACGGACAGUCAGUAGGAUUUCAGAACACCUUCUCAAACUCUCAAGAAGAGGAGGAAAUUGAUAUGGACACAGUUCAUGACAGUCAAGCCUUUAUUUACCAUCAUUUGAAUAUGUUGGAGAGACCAUCCACACCAGGUAAAGAACAAUCUUCAGGAGAGAUGAACAUGCACCCUGUCUUAGCAGCUCCACUCUCUGUCUUUACUAAGGAAUCAAACUCCUCCAAACACAGUGACCACCAUCACCAUCACCACCAUGAGCACAAGAAAAAGAAGAAGAAACAUAAACAUAAGCAUAAGCAUAAACAUAAACAUGAUAAUAAAGAAAAGGAAAAGGAUCCCUUUGCUUUCUCUAACAGUCCAGCCAGCGCACGAUCGAUCCGUUCCCCGUCGCUUUCAGACUGAUAGUGAUGGCUUCUCUGGAAUUCAACUUGCAAUAUUCUCUGAGUACUUCGAAGGAUGUACAUAACUAUAGCUUCUAUCUUUUUCUAUGGAAAUAAGAAUAGGUGAGUUGCCUUAGCAAUUCAGAAGCUCUGCCGCCGUCCUCAUUUGAAGCUGCCUAUUUACGUAUGUGGUUGUUGAAAUAAUCUGAUUCAAAAAAUAUGUUUUAUGAUUCUGAGUAAUUUUGUAUUUCACUGUUUUCCACACCUCCCCCUCUU